AUUAAUAAUAAUGGACUCAAUAAAUGAUGGUAGUUAAGCUAGAAAAAAGUAUGCUGUAAUCACCCCAGCAGUGAGAAUGGCUUUUAUUAAAAAAGUCUAAUCAAAAUAAUCCACAAUAAAGUAGGCUGCUCAAGAGUUUGGAAUUAAGUUUAGUACUUCUAAAGCUAUUUUGUAAACUUACAGAAGGGAAGGAAGAGUAGGAAAGAAGAAGACUAGAUAGAGAAGAAGUACUUCUAAAUUAGAAUCUCAACAAGAAAAACCUAAGGAAAUCAUUAAAACAAAAGAAUCGUUGACUCCAAUCCAAUCUGUUUAAACUUGCUCUGUAGACUUAUAAUAUCAAUCCUUAUAACUACAGUUAAAUUAAUAACUGUAAAUGAUGUAGCUUAGCUUAUCUAUGAAUCCAUACAUGAUUCUUUAACAGUAAGAGUGUUAAUUUGAUUCUUUAGAAACCAAUAUUUAAACUAAUGCUUAAUGUAAUUAUAAGCACAGUAGAUGAUCAAUUCGUAAGGAUGGUUGAAGCCCAUUUAACAACCACAGCCUCUUCUUUAAUAGUUUGGAAGAAUUCAGGAACAAAGAUCAUAUAUAACUCCAUUAUAAUCUAGCAAGUGUCUUGAUCAAAAAUAUGAGGAAGGCCGUCCUACAUUGAAGGAUUUCAUUUGAAUAUGACAAUAUUGUAUUAAUUAUCACAUUUU